UGUUGUUUUGUCAGAGCACUCCUGUAAUGUAUGGUAAUGUGGCAGAUACAAGGGCAGGAUUCUUUCCAAGGACCCUCGGUGUUGUCAGACUCCUUACUCUGCACUGGUGAAGACUUGAAAUUAUUUUUUUGUUUUUGUCAAUUACUUUCACGCCAUGCCUCUGUCUGAUGCUUCAACAUUGAAAGCAUACAGUUUUAUGCUUGAGCAAGGCAGCAUGGCAACAGCAGUGGCCUUGGAUAAUGUUGACCAGUUGAAGGAACUGAUUCAGAAAAGCAGAAUUCUGGAUCUGGCUGAGGCAGGCAAGGCGCUACUAAUGGCUGCAGACAAGGGGAAAGUAGAAUGUCUGGAAGUACUGCUAGAUGCAGGCACCUCACCAGACACCAAGGCCCUGGGUUACACCCCCUUCAUCCUGGCUGCCCAGAACGGUCACCUGGCCAUCAUGCACAUUCUCCAUGCGCGGGGAUGUAACGUGAUGCGAACCACGCACCCAGUGAGAGGGAGCGCGCUCCACUGGGCGGUGGCUAAUGGGCACCAGGAGUGCGUGGACUUCCUGCUGACCACCCAGAUAGACCGGGACGCCCAGACCAUGCAUGGACGCACAGCUGUGAUGUUGGCUGCGAGGAACGGACGUCCUGAGAUUCUCAAGACACUGCUGAAUGCCAACUGUAAGGUAGAUAUAGUAGAGAGGAGCACAGGUUACAAUGCUCUGCACCACGCGGCUGUAGAGGGAUGGACGGACUGCGUACAGAUGUUGUUAUCAGCAGGGAUUGACCCCAAUGCCACCACCGUCUCCGGGGACUCUGCCCUCAUUAUUGCUGCCAGGAAGAACAGGCUGGAGACAGUGGAGGUGCUCAUCAAGGCUGGUGCUGAUGUGGAUGGGUCAGGGAGCUGCAACAUGACAGCGAUACACUGGGCUUGUGAAGGGGGCUUUCUGGAGGUGGUGGAACUUCUUCUGGAAGAAGGCGCCAACCCCAGCGUGAUCACAACAGAUACUUUUGAAUCCUGGCAGACCUUUUCUUCAGGACCCAUCAAUGGAGGCUGCACCCCACUCAUGCUCGCUGCAAGGGGCGGUCACAUUGAAAUCAUGGAGCUGCUUAUCAAAGCCGGUGUGGAUUUAGUGGUGUUUGAUAAAAGUGGGGAUUCUGUCCUUCACUACGCUGUUCGAUCCAACAGAACAGCUUGCAUCGAGCUCGUAAUCCGGCUUGGCCUCAGCCCAGAUUUGCAGCAAGAACCAGCCUUGACUGACACGCCUUUGGCAGUGGCGAUGCAGGAACAGAAAUAUCACUCCCUCCGAGCCCUUAUUCAGGCAAACUGCAAUAUCGAUGCCAAAGUCCGACCUCCUAUUGAAGAAGUCAUGAGACAGGACUCUCCUUUCCGAUCGCCCACUUGUUCCCCAUUUGAAAUGGCCGUGCUGAGGAGUCAUUCGGCUGUGAUGAAAAUGCUGGCUCUAGCUGGCUGUGAUCUCAGUAUUUUGCAGUACUGGCUGGAAACCUCCUGUCUUCCUGACUCUCUGAAAUACAACAGUAACCUCCUGCAUUGGUUACUGGAUGUUGCUUUUGUGCAUAGCUCAUUGAAGAAUUUAUGCAGGGCAAGAAUCAGGGAGGUGCUGGGAUAUCAAGUGAAGGAGCUUGCCCAAAAGCUUCCUUUGCCAAAGAGAAUCAUUGAGUAUGUCACACUAGCUGACCUUGAUAGUAUUGAUUUGACCAGUGAUGGUUCACAGCAGUAGAGUUUCAGUUAGGCCAGAUAAACUUGAUGAGUUGGUUAGCAAGCUGCAGCUCUAUGUAAACAUAAUCAUUGUCUGUAAAUGGAAUUUAUCUUUUUGUAAUUUAUUUGUUGUUGCUUUUUAAGGAGGAAGGAUAUAUCAGUUUUCGACAUAAAAACCACAGUUAUUAGGCUUCUUCUUGAGGUCAGUGCAAUUUUCCAUUUGAUAAAAUAUUAGGCGUGAAAAUCAUUUACCAAGGUUUUAAUACUCUAUGGCCUAAGCAGAGUCUUUGUGGUUCAUUCAAAUACAGAGAUUUAGACAAGAAACCCUCGAGUCCUAAACCUAGUUGUACUCUCCUGCUUUGUGAAUGUAACCACUUGAUUUUAAAGGGUAAACAGUAAUAUAUGCUUAAGACUUCAUAUAUUUUACUUGAUGUUAAUUUAUGGACAUGAAGUCCUAUGUGAAAAUAUAGUACUGAUUGGCCAUUGGUGCCAUCUGAUGCUUUCAACAGCUGCCUUCAGGCUUAUUGGUGACAGUGCUGGAAGACAAUGAAGACCGGUAGACGAGAACUUUAUAUUAGCGUGUCUGUACUAUGUUUCACCAAUCCUACACUGUUGCCUCAUGGCCAUCUUCCCACCCUUACCAGUAUUCAUGACACCUUGUUUCAUAUGAAGUGGUUUUAACAAGUGCAAAGUGAGAGCAGAAAUUAAGACUCAAGGUGCUAAUUAAAAAAAAAUAAAGUAAAUGUACAGGAAGGAUUCCUUUAUGGUGCAGGGAUGCAAAAGUAUUCCAGAGGCUGUUAACUGUGGUUCCAUUAUUACCCUUUGUCAUCUGAACUACCAGUCAUUACAGCCACCU